AUGUCUGAUUAUGAAGUACAUUGGGCUGUUUCAAUAUUCUUUUUGGCCUAUUUGAUUUUUGAAAUUCCAAGCAACGUUCUUAUGCGCUACCUUGGUCUGACUUCUUAUCUAUCAUUGUCAAUGAUCUCAUGUGGUAGUAUUGCUGUUGGCAUGGCGUUUGUAACGAAUGCUCGAGAAUUAAUGAUUGUUCGUGCUCUACUUGGUAUGGCUCAAUCUGGUUACUUUCCUGGUAUUAUUAUUUAUAUUUCGUGGUGGUAUUGCAAAAAACAACGAACUAUGAGAUUGGCUAUUGUCUUUACAGCUGCCAUUACUGCCAAUGCGCUCAAUGGUCUUUUGGCAUAUUGUUUUACCUUUAUGAAGCAUGUUGGUGGAUUGAAAGAUUGGCAAUGGAUGUUUUUACUUGAAAGUGCGCCAGUUAUACCUUUGGGUAUUGUUACUUGGCUUUUCCUUGACAAUAUACCAAAUACUGUCCGAUGGUUAAAACCUAGUGAUCAACAAACACUAACAAAUUGUCUAUUACAAGAUGCGGGCGUAUCCAUGAAUGAACUCACACAAAAUCGUAUACCUUCAUGUCAACAAAUAUUCUGUGUGUUUAACGAUUGGAGAAUUUAUAUGUAUGCUAUAAUAGCAAUGGGUAAUUACGCCGUUACUAAAUAUCUCACCGCAUAUCUUCCAUCAUUAGUCCACCUUAUGGGUUAUCGUCCGGCAGAGGCACAUUUAUUAACAAUACCACCCUACACGAUUGCAUGCAUAUCUUGUUUACUGGUCGGUUAUUCUUCAUCACGUCGAAAUGAACAUGUUUACCAUCUAGUGUCCUGCCUACUUGUAGCAUUGGUUGGCUUUGUUCUUUGGAUUACUCUACCCGUUAAUGCGAAAGUAGUGAUGUAUAUCAGUACCUGUAUCGCAUGUUGUGGAAUGUUCUCUGCAUUUCCUCUUCUUCUCUCUUGGCUAACAAAUACAAUUAAUGGUCGGACAGAGACAGCAAUGGCUAUUAGUUUUAUUAUGGGUAUUGGACAGAUUGGUGGAAUAGUAUUGCCUCUUGUUUACGAUGAUGGUAUACCAGGUAAUCGACGGGGUCAUCUUAUUUGCGUUGGACUGAUAUGUACUAGUUUGAUCACUACUUUUAUUCUACAUUUCUGUUCUAUAUUAGAAAAACGCUGUCGAAUUAUCCUAACGUUGGCUUUCCGUAAUUCUAAAAUACCCGUGGAAGAAUCUAAAGACUUGCCAAAAUACUGA